AUGCUAAUCGCAGCAGAGAAGAAAUCAGAGCCAUUUUUUCUGCUCGAAAUUGCCCAUCAUCUAGAGAAUUGCAUAGAAGAAAUUGUCAAAUACGAGGCAAAACAGUUGAACAUUGCCAAAGAAUAUAUCAAUCCCAUUUCCAUCCUCCGUGACCAAACGAAUGAUGACCGUCGUGAUGUGGGUGAUGGUGGAAAUGUUGCUGAUGCCACGGGAAGUGUCCACGAUGGUGAUGGUGAUGAUACUGAUGCCAGGGGGGAAAUGGUAUCACUAAGAUUUGCCACAAUAUUAUUGUUAGCUCUGUUGACAGUAUCGGUGACAACAUCUGACUGGUGGGACGAUGACUGGGAUGAACCAUGGCAUCAGUAUCAUCACCAUCACCAUCAUGGACACUUCCCUCAUCAACAUUUCCACCAUCAUUCAAUAGUCAUGAACCGUGAUAGCGAUUAUUGGGAUGCUAUGAUUAUUUCAUAUUGUAGCGAUUGUUGGGCUGAUACAAUGUGUAGAAGGAAGUCAUAA